GAAAAGCCUGUUUCUCUCAGUUUUAGUUCUGUUAUUUCCAUUGUUACGCUCAAUGGUUAUAUAUUUUGAUCACAUAGAUAAUUUGACAACUGCACACUAGGAAAGCAUUAUAACACACUGCAGCAGGCAAAAAAAAAAAAAGGGGGGGGGCCCUCACAAUAUAGUCAAGAAUAAGUCGAGCUCACCCUUACAAUUCUAAGAGAUAUCGUGGUGAAAAUAACUUCACUAAUAUUACUAACAGGAACAUCGGGCAUAAUUAGAGUAAUUUAUGAUUUAUUAGGGUAAUAGGAUUAAUGGGUUCUGAGUUCAAUAGGUCUUAUGCUGUCACAGGAAACACUUUUUCAAAAAGCUUUGAAUAACUCUCCUUUUUUUUUUUUUUUUCUUCCCUAGUUCUGACCUCCAUUUCCUAGGACACGCAUUUAGAGUCAGAUCCUGAUCUGGUGGAACUGUGUCCACCACAUGUUAGAUUCUAGCCUAAAUACUUUGUUGGGGUUGCACAAUGCCCAAGGAAAUCCCCAGGAACUUACCAAACAAGGAAUGCAUACCAUAGCCAGUCAGGAUUAAUGGCCUACAGAAUAAAUCAUUUUUGAUGCUAUUAUUUCUGCACGUGCAUGGCACUAAUCAUGCAAAAUAUUUAAGCAGCUUUUCAGCAAACAGGGGAGCUUGUAUAAUCUUAUGCACCUGACAAGACUGGCCUUUAAAAGUAUACAGAUACAACAGUAUGAUUCACUUUUGUGCUGUACCUUCAGCACAAAUUGCAUCACAAAGUGUUAAAUAAUAAAUAACAGCAGAGUGAAGUAUACACAAGAGAGGAAUGAUAUGAUUUCAGAGGAGACUUGAAAGGGGAUGUUGAUGAGGUGGAGGUGUUAAGAAUUAAAUAUUAACAAAAAGGCUGGUUUGGCUGAGACCAAUUGUUUUCCUCUGCUGAGGAAUAAAGGGGCUUUCUGACCUGCAGGAAGGCUUUCUGCCAACCCGUUUGGUGGAAUCAUCACAUUGUACUUGGAGUCUAUUUUUAAGAGAAAGCAAAGGAUCGCAAUUAGCUAACGACAGCCCUCUCCAGUUCCAAACGUCUGCUUUGUCCUCUGCCUCACCUCUCCGUUCACUACUGCUUCGCAAACCCACACGAACCUGGUCCGAGUUCCUGGGGAGCAGCGGCCACGCAGCCCCUCUCCCCGAGCUGAGGCCAUCCAGACGUGUCCCUGAGGAUCGGGGGAGCUGCUCCUAACCCGGCCCACACGGCUACAUCCCGCCAUAACGGGCUUGUUUCCUACAUUUGGUGGCAGCAUAGCAUUCAGGAUAAUACCACUGCUGUUCGUGCAGGUCGCUGCCAAAGCAAACGGUGGGAUGAUGGAGUCAAGCGGCAAGGAAUGGCUAAAAACUCUUUCCCAGAGUCAAUGCCGUGUUUGGGGGAAGUUAUUUUAAUUCAGAGUCUCACGGGCAGCCUUACUGCGUCCCUAGAAGCCAGCCCGACCGACAUUGUAACGAGAUUUCUAAAUAACUGACGUGCAGGGGCAGCUCACGUUUAGCAGCCACACGCAUAGCCCCGCCGCAAGCCGCGCAGCACGGGUAACGCGCUACCUGAGGGCAGCGCGCGUCCAUGCCCGCGCUUUAGCGGAGACGCGGCCCCGUGCGCGGCGCCCUGCCGGGACCCGCCCGCCCCUCGCAGCUCCCGGCGCGGCGCAGCAUCCAGCAAGUCGAGCGGCGGCGGCGGCGGCGGUGCUGAGCCGGGGCUGAGAGGCGGAAUGGAAGGUUUCGUUCGGCUGCUCUUCGGUUACUUGGUGGCGGACUUGCUUACGCUGGUUUGUCGGGCUCAGGAGAAAGCCGGCCAGCAGCUGGGGAGUUUCGUGGUGCUCUCGGGAGGAAACCGCUCCAGCCUUGGGGAACAACCGGACCCCUCCGAGCCACCUCCCACCCCGGACUUCUGCAGGGGCUACUUCGACGUGAUGGGGCAGUGGGACCCUCCCUUUAACUGCAGCUCGGGGGAGUUCAUCUUCUGCUGCGGCACUUGUGGCUUCAGAUUUUGCUGCAAGUUCAAGAAGACAAGGCUGGAUCAAAGCACCUGCACGAACUACGAGACGCCGCUGUGGAUGAACACUGGGAAGCCUCCUUCCCGCAUAGAUGACCCUCUGCACGACCCCACCAGGGAUAAAACCAACCUCAUCGUCUACAUUAUCUGUGGGGUUGUGGCAGUUAUGGUGCUGGUGGGAAUCUUCACCAAACUAGGGCUGGAAAAGGCACACAGACCUCAGCGGGAGCACAUGUCCAGGGCUCUCGCUGAUGUGAUGCGACCACAAGGUCCUUGUACAACAGAUCAUAUGGAAAGAGAUCUCAACAUUGUAGUACACGUGCAACAUUAUGAAAACAUGGAGACAAGACCUCCUCCAAAUAAUUUACCUCUCCAGCCUAUCCAGGUCUUGCUGAAUGGCAGCACAGCCUUCAGGUGUGUCAGCCAAUCCUCCCAACUUCGUAUCAUCGGCAAACUUGCUGAGGGUGGCCAUUAUCCCCUCAUCAAGGUCACUGAUGAAGAUGUUGAACAAGACCGGACCCAGCACAGACCCCUGAGGAACACCGCUGCUUACAGGCCUCCAACCGGACUCUGCACCACCACCAACGACCCUCUGUGCUCUGCCAGUCAGCCAGUUCUCAACCCACCUCACUGUCCACUCAUCUAUCCCACACUUCCUCAGCUUUGUUAUAAGGACGUCAUGGGGGACAGUAUCAAAUGCCUUGCUGAAAUCAAGGUAGACUACAUCCACUGCUCUCCCCCCAUCCACCCAGCCAGAGACAACAUCAUAGAAGGCUACCAGGUUGGUCAAGCACGACCUCCCCCUUGUGAACCCGUGCUGACUACUCCUGAUAACCUCCUUUUCUUCCAGUUGUCUGGAGAUGACAUCCAGUACAAGCUGUUCCAUCACCAUGUUGAUAGCUGUUCCAUGCUAUCAAACCCUUAAAAUUAAACAUAAUACUGUCCAAUAACGUUGAAAAAAAACCCAAACCCAACGAAUUAGAGUAAGUGAAGUUAAAAGAGGCAGCUGGAAGUUAAUGGGUGAGCCUUCUUCAGGUGGGGCACUGAUGCCAUGUGGGCUUGAGCUUGUUCUAGGGCCAUCCCUGAGGUGUGACCCCAGCUGGCACAACAGGGGAGACCGAAAGGGACAGCACUGGACCCCGUCACUCUGCACUGACAUUCAAAUUCAUCACGUGUGCUUAUAAAGGUCUGAAUGCUGAUCAAGGAAACAUAAUAAACAAACAUCACUGUUAUAUCAAACACUGUAUAAAGCAGCUCCAAACCCUCUUAUUACAAGAAUGAGUGAAAUUUCCCUGUAUUCUUAAACAGUGUAAAAUACUACACUGAAUUUUACUUUGCUAUGCUCAGUAAUGUAAAAUAUAUGAGUUUAAAAACUACUCAGUAUAUUUCAUAUGUGCAUACACCAGGAUUACCUGGAUACUCGAGGAGAGGCAGUUCAGUGACAUCAGACAAUGAUCCCACCCAGAUUUUCAGGGAAACCUACUGAUCAGAUGAGGUUGCUCACAAAAAUAGUCAAUUCAAUGCAAGAGGCUGAAUAGACAGUAGAGUGAAAAUCAACAGGAAGCAAUUACAGCAUUAAAGAAUAUACAUUAUGCACCAGGUCCAAUUCUCUUAACCAUGAUUAUAAAGCAAUCUGUAAAAUAAUGAGUAGUAAAGCAGCCAAUAUUUUUUUCAGCAGGGAAGCAAUUGCUCCAUGUGGUUCUGAGUGCCUUUCAGCACUUCUGCUCUAUAUGUUUAGAAAUGAAUUUUUAAAAACCGUACAGCUUCCUCUGUUCUUCAGCAAUGGAGAUUUCAUGAUGAGGACAAUCACUGCUGAUGGAACAAUCUCAGCUAUUACUUCGGCUCUUACUUCAUAAAUAGAAAUUCACCAAGAUUAUUCUUUACUUGCAUGUCCAUUACAGAAAUGCAAAGAAGACAGUUGUUUGACUUUCUAGAAUUAUGUUAUCAAUUUGCCUAAAAUCAGUGUAACUGUUGCAGACAUUUUAAUUACUGAUAAACUUGAAUCCAAAACAACAUGAUGCAGGGAGUCACAGAAAGACAGAAAAAUGCAAGAUGGUCAUAGAAGGGUAGAAAGGAAGAUAAUGAUGCAAAUGCUACUGGGAGGUAAAAAAGAAAUCCAACAGCACUGCUAAGGAAGAUGCUUUGGGAGCUGAAUACAUACAAGGAGGAAUUAGCAACAGUUGCCUUACUUUGUUACUGCAUUACUUCGGAGAGAAUAGUUUCAUACCAAUUAUGUCACUCUAAAAGCAGGUUUUUUUUCAGAGAACCCAUAGAACCCAUCAUUAGUUAUUCUAGUUGAUAUUAGGUUGAUUUAUAUACAGCAAAUGACGUAACAGAGUAAAAGGGAAAAAAAAUCAAAUCCCAAGAAAAUCAAACUAAAUGAACCUCCCACUGACCAAAGCACAGCUCUGCCCAAGGACAGACUGUCACUCCAGGCAGACAGAAGAGAUGGAGCAAAGCUGUGAUGCUGCAAGAACUCAUCAGAGGCACAGAUUCAAAAUGCAGCUGAGAUCUGUAGCUGCUAAGAGAGAUGCAGGAGGCUGCCAGGGUGUGGGGGGAAAUUGAGCCCUUGUUCCUAUUCCCUGCAUGCCUGGUACUCCUCUGCAGCACACACCGACUGGGCUGAUGCAUCUUGCUGCUUUUUCAUCCCUGCAGCCUCCUGUAUUGAAAAGAGGGACCGGUGUGGCUUCCCUCUUAUCUACAGGAGAGGAGAAACCCUCUGCAGAGGGCAGACAGUGUGGCUCAGCAGCAGAGAGAUCUGCGUGCUCCUCCUUGCUUAGAUGGGAAGACAUGAAGUGAGCACUGCUCUCCUGGCAGAAGGGUACAAUUCAUGUGGUAGGUUUAGAACAGCAGUAACAAGUGUGUAAGAAUGAGGGAUUUAUUAACAGGAAAAGUGUUACAAGGCUGUGAUGUCAGCCAACAUUUGAUCAAACAGUUCCACAAACUUCAAUGCCCUGAGCCCAGCGGUGGCAGCCCAGCACUUCUGGACAGCAUCCUUUCUAACUUUUGCACUCUAACAAGGAAAUUCUUGAUUAGCACAGAAAAAUGCAAGACGUAAUUUGAGUGUGGCAUUUCCGUGCAUGCUGACUGUAUCAGGUUGCUUUUCUCCCCAGAGCAAUGUCACAGUUCUUCCCUCAAUUACGCACUCUCCAAAAAUAAGCACGAACUCAAUGGUUAAGAAUUGAUGAUGAUUCCAUUAGGAAGUAGCAAUAUCUGCAAGUCCUUCCUAAUUUAAAGACAAAUCAAUUCUAAGUAUAUUAGUACUUCUGACACCUCCAAAUUCUGAGUUAAAUGCUGCACAAAUUACAAAAUGCUUAAUUGUUUUAAUAAAUCUUGUUUACGGAUGACUGUGAAAAUCAGUGAAAAUGAAUUCGCUUAGACUAGUCUGCCUGCAGUGCUGACAAAAAUAGAGCAAAUUUCUUUUUACAACGGUUUGGAAAAUGGAGAAAAAAGCAGUAAUUGAGUAUAAUCACAAUAUGCUAGCAGCACAUGUUAUUUUCCCACUAUUAGAACCUGAUAUGUUUAAGUUUGAGAAGGGAAUUACUUUCACAGGAAAGGUUUUUUUCCUUCCAUUUGUUAUGGAAAAUGAACGUUGGAUAUAAUUUUGGUAACAUAUUUUAUUUUAGUUUAAAAGAUUUAUGUUUUAAACACUGUUAUCUGUCUUAUGGUAUUAAUAUCUAAGACAUUUACUGCACUAGUUCGUCUGUUGUAAUCAUUUGUUAAUGGCUAGUUACCAAAAUGCAGGAAGAUUCAGCCCAGUACACUGAGAAGAGCAGCCCUCUGGGCCACGCAAACUAGUUAAAACGUUUGAUUGUGCCUCUCUGGUACGAAUCUAGUAGAAAGGCCAGGAUGCCACUGAAGUGUAUAAAGAAAUGUAGCAUGUGGCCAUGAGUUGUUAGCAGCGCUCCGAAAUGAACAGGUUCCCUAAUUGGCUGUUGUAUGUUGUCCUUGUUUUUAACUGCCAAGAUGCUACAGGAAUAAUGCUUUCUAUGCAUUUAUAUACUAUACAUUUCUAUGCUCUCAGUAAACAGAAAGGAUACUUACUCUUCAUGGUUUGUAACUGAUUCUGAAUCUUCGGGGGAGAUUUUCUGAUCUGGAGCCCACCACGCUCAGUUUCUCACUGCCUGCUGGAACAAAGUUCACCGGUUUGAGCAGUGAGACCAGUGCAGCGGCACGUUAAACGCUCAUCAAAAAGCAGAGGAACUGCUUUCCAUUUGAACUCAUUACUGUUUCUCCCUCUGAAGCCCAGAUUAGCUGUAACAUGCUGUACAUGGCAUAAUACAGAGACAGUAAGAAAAAUGUUGGACUACAUGUAUAUCCAUAAAUGUGGCAACCAAACCCAAGAAAACUAAAUUAUGUUAGUAUAUAUAUAUUAUUAUUCUUUUCAACUUUCUUCCUGACAUAUGUAUUACCAGUGCACUUAGAAACCCAAAUGAUAUCCAAGUUUAAAAAAAAGGGUAGAAAACAGACCUGCCUGGCCAAAACUAUAAGCACCACCUCUCCAUUAAAAAUCCAUACAAACCUCAGGGUGCCUCAGGUAUGUGUGAGGGCAGGAAACAAAGCCAUCUGUUUAUACCGACAUUCAUUAAGAAAAUCCCUUUCAAAUCUCCAGCUCUCUUUUGGGAGAUACGCUUCCUGAUUCAUGUCUCAGGAAGGAGGAUCUCCCAGGAACAGCCUUUGUCAUUUCAGUCAUGCUGACACUCUUACUGUACAAAGAUUUAGAAGGCUGAAUCUUUCAAUUAUUGUCCUCUGGUUUAAACUGUUCAAUUAUUUCAAGUAUUGACUUAGCAAUUUCUUACUGACCUACUUCGUCCUGAAGCAGAUCUGUUGCCAGCACUGCAUCUUUAUCAGAAGAGCUCCUUUUGAGGGCUCAGUAAGAAUGGUUAUGAAUAUACCUGGUUUCUUUCAAAGUAUUUGAAGAUUACUUCAGUAUACAGGACAGAUCCUUUUCUUUCCAAUAUAUGAAAACUGCAGUAUCCAAUUAAUAGCUGACAUAUUAUUGUAGGACACAGCACAUUAUGUUGCCCACGAUACAUUACAAUUCAAAGGCAUUUUAUGCACCCUAAUUUCUUCUAGGCUUGGCACAUCUGUUUUCUUUUGAUUCCUGAAAUCUGAACCCUGAUCUGCAGAAGUGAGGGCUUUGGACAUUUCCACCUUCAGGAAGAGGAUUUGCAUUCAAAUGAAACAAAAAGAGGAACAGUGUGUAAUUAAGACAGUGCUCAAAGAGAUUUGUUGAUGAAAACUCCAGAAGCUGAUGAUAUUUUUAAAGGAGUAUGUAGCCAAAGAGAGAGUUCACACCUCCCAGAGCCUUUCCAGUUAAGCAUCUGGCAGGAUGCUGCUGAAUGGCCCAACCGCAACCAUUGUGAUCAGCCAGGCUGACACAGAUAGAGGGUGAGAGUUAGCUUUAGGUCACAUGAGACUAAAAAGACCUGCACUGACCCGAUAGCAGUGCUGUGAGAGCUGCCUCUAGUGUUAGUUACUAUCACCCUGAAAAGGUGGACUCCACCAGUGUGAACAAUAUCCUAGUAUUUAUGAUAGCAAUGAUAGAUAGCAAGAGAAAGGGAAGUCAGGGCACCCUGAAAUGAAGAGCACUGUACCAGAAAGUUCUGAAACUCGAUGCAAAAAGUCUUUUGGAUUCAAUAAAACUUCAUCUCUGAGGAGAAAACUCCACAAGGUCUCCAGAGGUGGGAGGAACCCUUAAAACAAGCCGAAGUAACCAAAGUGGUACAGAAAACUGUUCCCUGAAUAUGGUAUGUAAUAAAACAUAAUUAUUAGGACCAUACAGUUAAUUCUACCAGAUCUCUAAGAAGAAGAGACUAUUACUCCGAAAAUUAAAUCCGUCCAGAAACACUGUGGGUCUGUUUGCAUCAGACAGAAGGUGGAGUCACUAUGGGGCUGCAGACACACACACACACGGUGCUGUGAAAACACCACUCCAAGCAAAGACUGUGACAUUUAAGGAACAAAUAGGAAUCUGAAACAACAACAAGAGCGUUGAUAUUUAAGUGCUAAUGUUUGAUGAUAUUCUUCUUCCUUUUUUUUCUAAGAGGACUGCUUUCUGCACUAUGUAGUAUUUUGUCUGUGUGUGUGUCUUUGCUGUAAGCCUGUGACUGCUUUCUAUUGCAUCAGUUAGAGGCUAUUAAGCUGUCAUAGUAGAAAGUCAGAGCAUUAUCUUUUAAAGAAGCAAUUUUUUAACCAUUAUUCAGGUAUUUUCCUUCUCCCUGCUAUCACCAGAAACACAGGAUCUUGACAAACACUGAUUUCUUGCAGAAUGGGCCUGAGAAACUAAUAUGGACUGAUUAAUUUUAAUGAUACGCUAUAAAAUUUUUGCAACAGUAUUCUUCUGCUAUUCAUGGAUUACAUAAGCUUGUUUGACCUUCUAACAGAGUCAGAAUUGAAAAGAAAUAGAUGUUGUCAAUUGCUUCUAUCUGAAACUUCUGUCAUACUGACUGAAUUUCAUAAUGAUGACUCCAUCUGUGCAUUGGGCCAGUGGGCCCUGGCAGAUCAUACUGUCCAAGUCUACUGAACAAGAAUUCAGUAUUUUCUUUCCCAGAUAAAAUCCUUUAGACUUACACAAUAUCCAUCUGUUAGAAGUUAAGACUUUUGAAAUCCUGAAAAAAUGUAGCAGAAGAGUUUACCAAAGGGACAUGAGCAGUAAGGAUCUGCACAGCCAUUCCGUGGCACAUGCAGGUGGGCAAGUCUGUGCCGCACUGAUAGAAGCAGGGAAGAGUGCAGCCCGCAGGUUGUAGUCCCAGCUUUAUCUUGCUAUGAGACAACUAAUAAGUAAAAAAUACUUAUUUUAAUAGAAAAAUCUGAAGAAAUCUAUUAAACACUACUUGAUAAUUGUGAAAUGUCAAUAUCUGAAGAAAUCUAUUGAACAUUAUUUGACAACUGUGAAAUUGUGAAUUGUGAUGACCUUCUUGGUCAUUGAGCAACAUCACUUGGAACAACGUGUGCAGAAAAUCUCCGUGUUUCAGUUAGAUCAGAUUUUCCUACAGUUUCCCAGAACAGUAUACUACACAUUUAUGCUUUUUUCCCUCUUCGAGUCUUUGUAAGAAAAUCUUGCAGUUUUAUAAAUUACAUGUUUGCAGUUGGAGAAGAUCAUCUUUUGCACCUCCUGUAUCCGAAUUAUCAGUGUUUCCCAAAAAACGGUAUUAUGGAGCUCUGUGAACUGUCUCCGGGAUUCUUCAAUCUGAUUCAGUUACAAGCUCAUUUUCUAUCUUCCUGUGCUAUAAAUGCAGAUUAUGAUAUGGCAGUUAGUGUGUUCUCUUGAUCCAAACUUUAAAAGCUUUAAAUCUAAUUUAAUUUUUUCUGCUGAAGAUGCAUUAGCCAAAAUAGUAUAGACAUGUUAUUUUGGUAGGACUAAAAAGAAUAAAAUGUGGAAACAAGUUCCCAGCUUUGUUAUUCAACUAUCUUUGAUUGUACUCUGAAUUUCCUUCAUUUUAUUUUAUAUAAUAACUGAUCUACAGAAAACUUGGACUCAGGCAAUCAAGGGAAAGCUGAAACACCAAAAUUCACACUGUCCCCUUCAUACAGGGGGACAGGGAUAGGGCUUGUCCUGGCCAUUACCCAUCUGGGAAAACAACACACACGAUAUGCUUUUCUUUGAGUGGUGUCUUCAUAGAGUGCAGGAGAGGUAAAGAAGAUCUGCAGUGGGGUCAACACUCCUACUGCUGAGAACAGGUCGCACUUUAAAUGGCUUAAGUUGCCCUCUAUCCUGGACACCAGCUAAUUACCCUCAUUACCAGACUGCUAUUUGUCAUCUCUAUCUACAGCAAUCACUUUGUUCAUGUUGGAACAUGCUGAAUACAUCAAAAUUAAACAAGGCUGUAAUUUUUCAUCAGAAAGCAUUUUCAGUUAGUUGUUAUUUGUAAAUUACUGUUGGGUAAUUUGGAUAUGGGAGAGUUAAGUCUGUUCACAUUUAUUAAAUGUAGGGCAAAGAGAACAGAGAAAUUUCUUUGAUUAUAAAACCAUACCUUCUCAUACUAGAUCUGGCUACCACUGUUAAGAACAUAACUCUGAAUGCUUCCUACCAAACAAAAAUCUACUUCCAUCAAAGUGCAGCAGAAAACACUGAGACAGUUUUUUUUCCCUUAAAUCCCUUCCUAAUGCAUGCUUACAUUCGAAUUAUCCCACUCUUCAAUUCGUUCAGCAGCUCUCACAGAUACUACCCGUUAGUGGAUUUAUGGUAAUCCCAUACAUUAUUAAGAACUCAAGUAUUAUUCAGCAAAUGAGACGUUAAGUAUUGUGAUGUUUGGAAUAACAUAGUGCAGCAUCUUGGAACACCCAGUCUGAUCUUCCAUGAAACUUUGUUUUUCCAGUUGAUAUUGGAGGAACUGUACACAGACAUUACCUGCAUUUAGUUUGUAUGAGGGCAGUGCAUAUAACAACAGCACAAUGGCAAUCCAUCUACAUAAGGUACACAUGGAUGAUUAGGAGCAGCAGCCCUGUCCAUCCUGCACUGUGUUAUUCAACUCGUCAAAGGCGUGAAAAGUUCACCCUACAGGCACCUUAAAGUCAACACACCUUCACUUUUAUCUCUGUCCCUCCCUCUUGGGAGGCACCUGUAGUUGAAUAAUACCAUUCAGUUUCUUUGUGAUAUCCCAUUGUGGAACAUUUCUUAAAAGAUUACGAAGAUCUUCUUAGCUAAUAACUGAAGUUCUGCUUUCAGGAAGGAAGAAAAUUAUUUUACUCACAAACCAAGGAGCUAAAGGUAACUUACCAGCUCAUGUAAAUCAGUUAAACUCCAUUAACUUCAGAGGAACUGGAUCAAAUUAGCCAAGUUGAGGACCAAACCCUUAAUUAUUUUCUCAGUAAUGGACUUUGACCUUCUACCUUAAGACCACCAGGUAGUUGUUAAACAGCAGCUUUUCACAAGCAACUGGGAUUUCACUCAGAGGAGCUUAGAUAUUAAAUGCCAAUUAAAACAUACACUGGGGAUUCCACUGUACAUGUGAAACUUCCAAUGCAACAUUCAGACUUUUCCUACUUGCUUAGUUGAAAAGAAUUGUUUUCUCUACCUGUAUAUUUUAAAUGGAGUUGCCUCUUCAACCUUACUAUUUCUAAUUGAAAGCAACAGUUAAAAAGAAUUCUGAUGUGCAGAGAUCCAAGAUACUCAUCUACAAAGGCAAAAAGUACUUUUACCUAAAUUUAAAAUAAAUUACUGUAGUCUUUUGGCUUUUCAGAAUUAAAUAUCUCCUUCUAUUCCUAUUUCCUUAACAGAAAUGGCAAAAGAAUAAGCGAUUCUCAAAGGAUUAUACUUUAGAUAGAUCUACUAGAAAAGCUCCUUGUGCUACAGCCAUGAGUUCCUAUGUAGUCCAUGAAAGUAGCCUGCUGUUCUUCCAAGAGCAGUACAAGUAGGGAAUGUACACUAAAAACUAGAUAGUGCCACAGUGCAUUUUUAAACCAAAGGCAUAAUUUAUGUCACAGAAGCGUAGUGGGCAGUUGUUUCUUUUGCAAAAUCUGGGAUUUUGUCUCUUUUCCUCUUUCCUCAAGGUAAAGAAAAAGACUAUAAAAUGCUCCUUAAAACCAACGGAAUCCUUUCAAGAUUUACAUGGUAAAUUCAAGUAGGGUCUGAGGAGAUAGAACAAGGGGAAAUGGCUUCAAACUUGAAGAGGGUAGAUUUAGGUUAAGUAUAAUGAAAAAGUCUUUCAAAGUAAGGGUAGGGAGGCACUGGAACAGGCUGCCCAGUGAUCUGGCUGUUGUCCCAUCCUCAGACACUUCCAAGGCAAGGCUGGAUCAGGCCCUGGGCAAACUGAUCUAGCUGUGGUGUCCCUGUGCAUUGAAGGGAAGUUGGACCUUUAAAGGUCCCUUCCAAUGCUAAGGAUUCUGUGAUUCUAUGAUACCAAGCUGAUCAGCACGUCUCGCUUGCUUGCUCUCAUAUUCCCGUCUUUUCUGCGUGUUCUUAACUCUGACUUAAGAAGUUGAAUAGAUACUUCUAUUGCAAUUGGACACUAUCAUUCUAAGAAGAAAGGAAAGAACAGGUGCAUUCAGGCCUGCACGUGCCUUGUUGUGGACAUAAGUAUCUGAAAAUACAUGGGCACAGCAGCCCAUGAAAUAAAUAUAGCUCCAUAAAACCUUGAAUUAAAAAAAAAAAAGGAAAAAAAAGGAAAAAAAAGUAAAUUCUGUUUUCUGAGUUUUAAUAAAUGUACCUAUCAUGCUGCCUCUGGUCUUACGUGUACGAAAGCAGUCCCAGUUAGUUAUAAAUGAUCCAUACCAGCUCCUGUUACAACACACAUCCCUGUGAUUCAGCCAAGGCAAAAAGAACAGGCAGCACCAGGCGCUAGACAGCACAGACAGGGUUUACAUCACACUGUCAAGGUCAGCCCCUUUGGGUUCACUUCUGUCGGCUGUGAUGCUGUGUCUACAUGUGGAAAGAUAAGAAGAAAAGCAAAACAGAACUACUGAAAUGGAGAUGCAAAUUUAAGCUCUCUUUGACACAGCCUUCAGUGGAUACAGUGUGGCUACUGUAAUUCAGAAAGAAAGAUGCUUUAUUUGACCAAAGAAAAAUAGACUUACUUCAAGGCAGUUUCUUCCUGAUGACAGUAAUACAGAAAGGCAGAUUUAAAUAAACGUGUGAGCACUAUAGUAAAUUAAUUGGGUUUAAUUUGGCUCAUGUCCCUGCCUGGACAUGUUUUUAACUUACUUACAUCCUGCAGUGAACAUGCAGAAUGAAAGAUCUUUCUAAAUCUUCCUAUGAACUUCUCAGUCUUUGAAUAAGAGCAGGAAGAAGUGGUGGCAGUCCCAUUCAGUGCCCAGUGACCAGAGCUGUGCUUGGGGGAGUCUGAUUUUUAACAAAGGCCUGUAAUUUUGUACGUGAAAUUCUGCGUUGCCUUUUGCACUAACCUAAGUCAACAUUUUACCUUUGCAAUUAAAUGUGAAUUUGACCAAUAACACAAAGACAGCCCUCAGAUCACACAAUACAGGAAGUUGCAGGAAAAAAAUGCCAAAGUAACUGCAGCAUUUCUGCUCUUCUGUGAGCCAGGAAUCGUUUACACGAGCACAAACUGCGCGAGGAAUCAGCAAUAAUCUCACACUGCACUUCAGGCCACAGCUUAAGUUCUAUCAUCUUGGCCACUUAGUGGACUUCCAGCAUUUUUAAUAAAGCAUAUCCAUGCUGCUUUUUUGCCAAUGAGCACAUAUUUGUGUAGGCACUCAGUAGCGCUACCAGGAGACUACAGAAAGCAGCAACAAGACCUCGCAGGAGGCAGAAAGGCCACCUCAGCCCACCCUAAGGAAUGGCAGCAAGCAGCGACACCCAGCUGGAGUGGGGCACCCGUCCCUCCCCAACACGCUUGUGUGAAGCCUGAGGAGUCCGGAGAAACCUGCUGCAUUUAUUCUGUAGUGCUCUAGAAACUGAGAUUCAUGCUGCGGACCUUUUGCAGGAUACUUAAAGAUGCAACAAUGAAGUGCUGAGUUUUGCUAAACCUCAAAAGAGAAAGUAUCCUGUAUUUAGUAUGGGCUGAGGGUCUGCAGUCCGUUCCCAUUCAGGCUGUUUAUAUACUCACAGAAGAAGAGCAGUGGAUGUAGUCUACCUUGAUUUCAGCAAGGCAUUUGAUACUGUCCCCCAUGACGUCCUUAUAACAAAGCUGAGGAAGUGUGGGAUAGAUGAGUGGACAGUGAGGUGGGUUGAGAACUGGCUGACUGGCAGAGCACAGAGGGUCAUUGUUGGUGGUGCAGAGUCUGGUUGGAGGCCUGUAACCAGCAGUGUUCCUCAGGGGUCUG